UUUAAACUAAAGUGACGUCACAUUAACGAACCGGAUACUGGUUUUGGCCGGCGAAGUCAUAACAAACGGAUCAUCGUUUCACUGAUCAUUGUUUUGACCAAACCACCAGGCUUCUGACUAGCACGUUGAAAGUUUAGUGAACGAAGUCAUCAUGGCGAAAAUUCGAGGCAAAAUUUUGGUUGUUUGGUACCUUACCUUUUCCAUGUGCAUUCUUUAUAUUGCCUAUUCGACGAUGUACUUGGCGUCAUCUGUCCAUUUGGCGGAGACCCGUCUAACUUUCAAGCCGACGUUUGGCCCAUGCGCAAGAAUGGUGCUCACUACAACGAACGCGGCCUACUUAGAAAUGGCCGAAAACAUGCUGACAAGCAUCCAGCUAGUUCGAACCCCGUCUUUUCCCAACGUAACCGUUAUCGCCGAAGACGAGCAGUCUUACGAAUACAUGACAAACCUGACGAAAUUCCACCAGGGAUUGAUUGUGCAGAAAACCAAAGCGGGAAUGACUUCCUCUGAGAACCUCAAGGUGAAAACUAAGGAACACCAGUACCAACAAUUUGUUAAACGACGUCCACGGUAUGUACUGGAAUUUCUUGAGAAGGGUUAUGAUGUGCUAUUUGCCGACGCCGAUACGUUUUGGCGCAAAAAUCCGUUCAACGAUGACGAUUUCAAGGGGGACUUUGAUAUUGCUGCGCAUGACGAGGUGGAUCGUCCCAAAACGCCUUUAUUUUGUGCUGGUUUUGUCUAUUAUCGCCCAACAAAUAACACAAUCAGCCUGGUAAGGGAGUGGGUGAAAUUGUUAGAUACAACAGAUAAGAAUACCUUAGAUCAAUUUGUUUUUAACAGCCUGAUCAACAGGGAGCUAGAUAAGAAUGUCACCGGGGGGUUGAAAAUGAAGACACUGGAUCCUGUCAAGUAUCCGGACGGUAAAUUGUACUAUCGUGUCCCUGGGUGGAGAGACGAACACAUUAACCAAACGAUUGUAAUGCAUUUCAAUUUCCUUCAUGAACUUGAUUCCAAAGUGGAGAAGAUAAAGAAACUUGGAUGGUGGUUAGUUUAAAAUUAUGUUAAGGUCGUUAAACUGCCUUAACAUACUUGGGAAAAAAACAUAAACUUAAAAGGUGAAUUUUUUUCACACGGAAUUAAUUAUCCUUUGCAAAUCUCAAGAAACUGAGUUAAUAGAAUUAACAUGCCAUUUGACAACAAAUCAAAGUUAGACUUUUUGUCGUCAAUGUAUUGUCAGAACGCAGUCGACUUUCCAGAGAACUUCAUGGGCGGAUCGGGGGGGGGGGCACAACGAGGGUCAUUGCGCCCCUCCAAAAAAACCCGAACCCAUUCUAUUAAUUUUUUUAAGUGACGUCGUAAACGUGGCGUCAUAACGGUCAUAAUUGCCUCAGAUCGCACCACAGAACAUCUAGAAUCUAUUUUUUUCGGGGCCUUUAUGAUACCGAACCCCACGCCGUAAUUUUUUCACCCAUUUUUUGGCGACCAAAAUUGUUUGGGCCCACCCCCAAAUAGAAAUUGUGUGUUCUGGAUUCGCCCUUGGAGAACUACGAAGAGAAAAUGCAGAAAUAGGCUACAUACAAGAGGGUUAAUAAAGGGUUAGCAUGUUUAAAUUAUGAACAUCGUUAGCGUGUUUAUGGGCCCUUUAAAACCAGUAAAUAAUGAGAAGAAAAAACUCACCGCAGGCAUUUUCCACAUUUUGAUUUCUUGUUAUAAAUAUAUUCUUUGUAGGCGCUGUGAAGCAUGUACAUGAUAAUUGUUUAAAAUUAGUAUUAUAAUAAUGUACUUCUCACUUUAUCAAUUUUACAGUUGGAUUCGACAAGGCUCUUCUUCAUUACAAUCAAGAUGCACGGUAAUUCUGUAUUAUAUCUGCACAUAUACAUAAAGGAUUUUCUUUAACUGUCAGGGUGCAGACAUGCUGUAGUUCGCUAAAUAAUAAAAUUAUUUACGGACUUUCUGCAGGUCUGGUAGCUAUGUUAGUCAAUGAGGAACGUUAUAUUUACCGCUUUCUCGAACUGUGUCCAAUUUAACAUUCAUUAUGUCGCCUCGCAUACAUAGAUUGUAUACGGACUUGUUUGUUUGUU